UGCCUUCCGGAUAGUCCGGAUUCGAAUUUCUCCAAUACGACCGUUGACUAACGGGUAAUCGGAUACUAACCCGAAUCUGUUAAGGAAAACUCAAUGCCUUCACCGCCUCUUGGGUCACCCAACGCAUACAAAUUCAUUCCCGUUUUCUCCUCCCUCUCUCGCAUUCCAGGGAGCGGAUUUGGCUACGAAGCGCGCAAAGGGAAUCCAUUUCUCUUUCAAUAGUCCAAUCCCAAUCACGAUAAAGCAGAUAAUUCCGAUUGAAUUCCCGUCCAGGUUGUUCUUUUUGUUUCACAAAGAUUGGUUCUUUCGCUCAUUUUGGGUUUACGGAUUGUUAAGGGAUUUCGCCGUCUUGCGGCCCAAUUUUUCCGGCAUCUUUUUUUUCAAAAUUGUCCGCGGCUUGUUUUAUUGGAGGACAGAUAACUUCUUUUGAUGAUCAAGGUCCAAAACUUGAAAAUAUGAGCAAUCGUCACUAUGAGUACAGUAAAUCCAACUCAGGCAAUCGUUAUCAUGAAUACAGUUUGCAAGGUGGAGGGAAGAGUAAUCGCUACUAUGACUACAACAAGUCGACCUCAGGAAGUUCUAGAAAAAUGAAAGAGCUACUACUGAAAAGUGAUAACCAGGUGUGCGCUGACUGUGAUGCUCCAGAUCCUAAAUGGGCAUCAGCUAAUAUUGGGGUAUUUUUAUGCUUAAAAUGCUGCAGUGUUCACAGAAAUCUUAGCUCUGAUAUUUCGAAGGUCUUGUCUGUAACUUUGGAUGAGUGGUCUGAGGAAGACAUUGAGUCGAUGGUUGAGGUUGGUGGAAACUCUUCUGCCAAUGCAAUCUAUGAGGCUUAUAUUCCUAAAGGAAUUUCAAAACCUAAACCAAAUGCAACCAUUGAGGAGCGCACAAAGUUUAUCAGGUCAAAGUAUGAAUUCCAGGAAUUUUUGAAACCAAGCUUGCGGAUGAUCUCUUCCAAGAGCUCCUUCAAGACUUGUGCUUCUGGUGUAGAUUCCGAUUCAUUUUACAGCCCAGCCACUUCAAGAAAUGCUACAGAUGCAUCAAUAUCUAUUGGAACUUUGAAGGUCAAAGUGGUUAGAGGAAUAAAUUUGGCUAUUAGAGAUUUCAGAUCUAGUGAUCCUUAUGUUAUUUUGGCACUUGGGCAGCAGAAGGUUAAGACUUCUGUAAAACAAAGUAAUUUGAAUCCAGUUUGGAAUGAGGAGCUAAAGUUAACUGUUCCUCAACGUUAUGGAGCACUGAAACUGCAAGUCUACGACUACGACACCUUCUCCGCCGACGACAUUAUGGGUGAAGCUGAGGUUGAUCUGCAACCGUUCAUUGCAGCGGCAACGGUAUUUAGCGACGAAGAGCUGCCUGAUGAUAUGCAGGUUGGGAAAUGGCUCAAGUCGAGUGACAAUGCGUUGAUGAAAGAUAGUACCAUCAACAUCAUCGGUGGAAAAAUAAAGCAAGAAAUACAUCUGAAGCUUCAAAACGUUGAAAGCGGAGAACUGGAGCUUGAAUUGGAGUGGAUUCCUCUGCAUCAAUAAAACUUUAUUCGUGGUCGAAAGCUCUGAAUUCGCCGAACUGGUUCGUCGCAUUUAUUGUCGUAGGCUACCUGUGUAUAUGUAUUUUUUGUAGGUUAGCUUUGAUUUAUCAUAAAGAUGCAUGAUGCUUCUCCUUCACUUUUUAAUUGGAACUUUACCGUUUAUGGUGUGUUUUGAAUUAUUAUUCAUUGAAGUUAUGCAAAUGAUCUAAAAAGAAUUGAAUUUGAA